CUCUGCUCUUCUAACAUACAAAUCCCAAAAAAGAGAGCAACACCAGCAGAGCUUCGUUGUGGUUGUCUGCUGCAAUGGAGGAAGAAGAAGGAGAGGAGUAUCUCUUCAAGAUCGUCAUUAUCGGCGAUUCCGCUGUGGGAAAAUCGAAUCUGCUCUCUCGGUACGCCCGGAAUGAGUUCAACAUGAAUUCAAAGGCGACGAUCGGCGUCGAAUUCCAGACCCAGAGCAUGGAGAUCAACGGCAAGGAAGUGAAGGCCCAGAUCUGGGACACUGCCGGCCAGGAGCGUUUCCGUGCCGUCACUUCCGCUUACUAUCGUGGCGCUGUCGGCGCUCUCGUCGUCUACGAUAUCAGCCGUCGGACCACCUUCGACAGCGUCCAGCGAUGGCUCGACGAGCUUAACACACACUCCGAUACAACCGUUGCAAGGAUGCUGGUAGGAAACAAGUGUGAUUUGGAGAAUAUUAGGGACGUGAGCGUGGAGGAAGGUAAGGCCCUUGCAGAGGCCGAAGGGUUGUUUUUCAUGGAGACCUCAGCCCUCGACGCCACAAAUGUCAAGACAGCUUUUGAGAUUGUUAUCAAGGAGAUAUACAACAACGUCAGCAGGAAGGUCUUGAAUUCUGAUUCCUACAAAGCCGAACUGUCUGUCAACAGGGUAAGCCUGGUCGAUGAUGGGGCCGAUGGAUCAAAGAAAGCUUCGAACAAGUAUUCUUGCUGCUAGAGGAUCGGUUGCCGUUUUUUCUUCCUCUUUUCCAUAAUUUUUACAGGUAAAGGGCUUACUUUUGAGGGUUGGUUGAUUAAUUCCAAGUACUCAGGAUUGGGUUUUUGUUUUGGGUUUGCUCUCCCUUAUUAUCAUUUUGGGUUUGUCUUUCUGGGUUCUUUAUUUAUAACUAAUAAGAUAGUGUUGUCACUGAAGUUGAUUUUAAAUUUUUUUUUAAUUGCGCCCUCCGUACAAAUACAUGUAAUGAAUAUUAUUGGGCAGAACAAAUUUGUAGAAGUAUGUGAUUCAUCUUUCACCA